AUGGAUCCCCGUCCCUCUCAUCUCACCUUCGUGGAUCCCCGUCCCUCUCAUCUCACCUUCGUGGAUCCCCGUCCCUCACAUCUCACCUUCGUGGAUCCCCGUCCCUCUCAUCUCACCUUCGUGGAUCCCCGUCCCUCUCAUCUCACCUUCAUGGAUCCCCGUCCCUCUCAUCUCACCUUCGUGGAUCCCCAUCCCUCUCAUCUCACCUUCGUGGAUCCCCGUCCCUCUCAUCUCACCUUCGUGGAUCCCCGUCCCUCUCAUCUCACCUUCGUGGAUCCCCGUCCCUCUCAUCUCACCUUCGUGGAUCCCCGUCCCUCUCAUCUCACCUUCGUGGAUCCCCGUCCCUCUCAUCUCACCUUCGUGGAUCCCCGUCCCUCUCAUCUCACCUUCGUGGAUCCCCGUCCCUCUCAUCUCACCUUCAUGGAUCCCUGUCCCUCUCAUCCUUCGUGGAUCCCCGUCCCUCUCAUCUCACCUUCGUGGAUCCCCGUCCCUCUCAUCUCACCUUCGUGGAUCCCCGUCCAUCUCAUCUCACCUUCGUGGAUCCCCGUCCCUCUCAUCUCACCUUCGUGGAUCCCCGUCCCUCUCAUCUCACCUUCGUGGAUCCCCGUCCCUCUCAUCUCACCUUCGUGGAUCCCCGUCCCUCUCAUCUCACCUUCGUGGAUCCCCGUCCCUCUCAUCUCACCUUCGUGGAUCCCCGUCCCUCUCAUCUCACCUUCGUGGAUCCCCGUCCCUCUCAUCUCACCUUCGUGGAUCCCCGUCCCUCUCAUCUCACCUUCGUGGAUCCCCGUCCCUCUCAUCUCACCUUCGUGGAUCCCCGUCCCUCUCAUCUCACCAUCGUGGAUCCCGGGAACACAGCGACUUUUGAGUCGACUCAAAAGUCACCAGGAACACAGGGAUGCCCUCGGGGAAGUUGUGCAGGCUGAUGCCCAAGGCUGUGACCACCCCACCCACUCCACAGCACAACAUCCCCGCGUCCCUUCCCCACCCCUGUUCCCCCACCUUCAUACACCAGUGACACAAGUAACACCUUUCCCCUCUCAUCUCACCUUCAUAGACCCCAGGAACACAGCAAUGCCUUCGGGGAAGUUGUGCAGGCUGAUGCCCAGCGCCGUGACCACUCCACCCCACAGCACCGCUUGCCGCCGCCUCUGCAUCUCCCGCUCCCCCACCUCUCUCUCCCCUACCUGUCUCUCCCCGACCUCUCUCUCCCCCACCUCUCUCUCCCCCGCCUCUCUCUCCCCCUCCCUCGUCCCUCGCCCCUCCUUUCCCCCCCAACUUCCUUUGCUCCACACUCCCUUUUCCUCCUCCCUGCUCCCACUGCUUGCUCUUUUUGCAUCUGUUCCAUCCUUCAAUCUCUGUCUCUCCUCCCCCACCCCCUCCACCCCUCUCACUCCUCUCUCUUCUUCCACCCCGUUAUCAUCAGUAUUCCGACUCCCCACACCAUCACGGGAAUCCCACUCGCUGCUCUUAAUCCCACUAAGCCAAUGCUCCACACGGCUGUCUCUGUCGCUGUCCGAGCCUGACCCUCGAACCAGGUUCGGAUGCUCCACCGGGCCAGCUCUUGCCGAACCUGAGGCUCGGUUCGGGUCCGAAUCAGGGCUUUCCGAGCCUAAGGCUUGGGUGAGAUCUAGGGAGGAGAGGGAGGAAGGGAGGUAG